UGCUCCUGUUCCUGCUCCUGCUCGCCCUUUCUACCUCCUACCUUUUGCUCUCAUGUUUCAGCAUUUUGCAGACUUGAGGGGGAAGUGUGCUUUCUGUCUCACUCCCAUGCCAGCUAGUCAGCUAACCACAGCUGUGGAACAUUGAACCGCUUUCUUUUCGGAAUCGUUAGCCAUCAGACGCAGUCAGAGAACAGACGAAGCAGCUUUAAAGGACAGGAGAAAAAGGCUGUGUAGGAAAAGGAACAUUGUUGGAGUGAGGAAUUCUCCAGGGAGAUGUCAUCAAAGAUACCCAAGGACGAGCUGGAAGAGCUGCACGAAGCCUUUGGAAAAGUCGAUCUGGACAACAAUGGGUACAUUAACGACUACGAGCUCCACGACCUGUUUAAAGAGGCGAACCUGCCACUCCCGGGGUACAAAGUGCGUGAGAUCAUCCAGAAGCUAAUGAUCGAGGGAGACAAAGACAAGGACAAUAGGAUCAGCUUUGAAGAAUUUGUCUCAAUCUUCCAGGAGCUCAAAAGCAGCGAUAUUGCGAAGACUUUCCGCAAUGCCAUCAACAAGAAAGAGGGCAUCCUGGCCAUCGGUGGCACAUCAGAGCUGUCCAGUGCAGGCACACAGCACUCCUACUCAGAGGAGGAAAGGUUUGCCUUUGUUAACUGGAUCAACACAGCACUGGAGAAAGACCCCGACUGCAAGCAUGUGUUACCUACGAACCCCAACACAAAUGAUCUUUUUAAGGCUGUUGGCGAUGGCAUUGUGCUGUGUAAAAUGAUUAACCUCUCUGUACCUGACACAAUUGACGAGCGGACAAUAAACAAGAAGAAGCUGACGCCGUUCACAGUACAGGAGAAUCUCAACCUGGCGUUGAACUCGGCAUCUGCCAUCGGCUGCCACGUCGUAAACAUCGGCGCGCUGGAUCUGCGUGAAGGCAAGCCCCACCUGGUGCUCGGUCUGCUGUGGCAGAUCAUCAAGAUUGGCCUGUUUGCUGACAUCGAGCUCAGCAGGAAUGAGGCACUGGCUGCAUUGCUGCGGGAGGGUGAGACCCUGGAGGACCUGAUGAAACUGUCACCCGAGGAGCUGCUCCUGCGAUGGGCCAACUUCCACCUGGAAAAUGCUGGUUAUCACAAGAUCAACAACUUCAGCUCUGACAUUAAGAUCUCAGACUUCUCAAACUCUAUAAAGGACUCCAGGGCUUAUUUCCACCUCCUGAACCAAAUCGCUCCCAAAGGCCAGAAAGAGGGCGAGGAACGCAUUGACAUCAGCAUGGCAGGCUUUAAUGAGAAAGAUGACCUGAAAAGAGCGGACGCCAUGCUGCAACAAGCUGACCGACUCAACUGCAGACAGUUUGUUACCCCCGCUGACGUGGUGUCUGGAAACCCCAAAUUGAACUUGGCUUUCGUGGCGAACCUCUUCAACAAGUACCCAGCGCUGACCAAACCUGUGAACCAGGACAUCGACUGGGGCCUGCUGGAGGGUGAGACGAGAGAAGAGAGAACAUUCAGAAACUGGAUGAACUCGCUGGGUGUUAAUCCUCAUGUCAACCACAUAUACGGCGACCUCAUGGAUGCUCUGGUCAUCCUGCAGCUCUACGAGAAGAUCAAGGUUCGUGUCGACUGGAACAACAAAGUAAAUAAGCCCCCUUACCCAAAGAUCGGCGCCAACAUGAAGAAGCUGGAAAACUGCAACUACGCUGUGGAUCUGGGAAAGACUGCAGCCAAAUUCUCACUUGUGGGCAUCGGAGGACAAGACCUGAAUGAUGGCAACCCCACCCUUACCCUGGCUCUGGUCUGGCAGCUGAUGAGGCGGUACACUUUGAAUGUUCUCGAGGACCUGGGAGAUGGUGAGAAGGUGAAUGAUGAAAUAAUUGUCAACUGGGUGAAUAAGACCUUGGCUGGAGCAGGAAAAAAGACCAAAAUUUCAAGCUUUAAGGACAAAGAGAUCAGAUCCAGCUUGCCAGUGUUGGACCUUUUAGACGCCAUCCAGCCAGGCUGUGUGAACUACGACCUGGUAAAAACUGGCAGCCUGUCGGAAAGUGACAAACUGGAUAAUGCGAAAUAUGCUGUAUCCAUGGCCAGAAAGAUCGGCGCUCGUGUGUACGCUCUGCCCGACGACCUGGUGGAAGUAAAACCCAAAAUGGUCAUGACGGUAUUUGCCUGCCUGAUGGGCAGAGGGAUGAAGAGAGCGUAGGAGACGAAAACUGUCUGGGUGUCGCGGCCAAUCAAAAGCCGAUGUCUGACCCACAAGCCAUUUGCUGGUUGAAAGGCUUCAGGUUGAAUAAAUUAGCCAUAAUUACAAAAUAACCCUCAAAUUAUCAACAGAUGUUAGAGAAUCGUGUUUAGGUUUGGUAAAACUGGGACUAUGCAUGUGAAAGGGGGCAGGAAAUUUAGCAGAGGGAGGGUGAGAUUGUUUUUCUAGACCAGAUUCAAGAUUGCAAACCUUAGAAAUGAUGCGAGUCAACCAAAACAUAUCCGUGUCGGGACCCAAGCCAUGUCAGACUGUGCCAUGUAUAUUUUAUUUGCAUAUUUGAUUGAGGAGAAACGCGACUGGUGGUUUUAUUAUGUACAUCUCAAAUCGCAUUGCUCUAAAGCUACGGAGACAAGACCUUAACUCGCGCGUGCAUUAUUGCUUAUGAGCAGUACAGAAUUUUGUGGAAUCUUUUAAACACGUUGCAGAACGAGAUGCUUAUUUUCCUAGUGUUUUAUACGUAUGUAGAGUUUACCGAAACAAAACAAUUACAACAUCCUUUGCCGGCAGAAGCUUUAAUACAUUCCGUAGUUAUGAAAUCAUGUUACUAUGUGUCGUAUGUACAUGUAUACUCAAACUCGCUUUUUACAUAAAGAGGACGAUCCAGACAAUAACUAUGCAUGAACAAUCCUUUUUAAACUGUUAUUUAAAGCAAUACACUCCUGGGAAUCUGACCAAAGCUUUAAACAUUAAUAAAUGCUGCAUAAAAAAGGAGAAAUGUAUGUAAGUAAGGUUCAGUGCAGAACUUGUAUUUGUUGGUUGAUUAUGAAAAUUGGAGCUGCCUGGCUUUAUUGAAGCAUGUCGACCAUGGACAGACAAUGGAGACCAAAUUGUUGUAAACGUGUCUGCAACCAAGGACCAUCUGCAUUAUAAGAAUAAACCUGUUCAUUGUAUUUCUA